CGGGAGGCACAGACGGUGGUGGCAGGCGACAGCUUUACCCAGUAGUUGCCGGCGUCGCAGUGAAGGUAUUUAAACAAAGAAUAGGGCACUGACGCUUUGGUGGUAGUGGCCAACGAUAAAACCAGACACGGAAAAUGGCGUCCGACAACGUAGCCGCGGUAGUGAAAGAAUGCCUGGCGAUUGUAAAGAAAAAAGAAGGAUGCAACAAAUUGAAAUUAUUAUUAGGUAUGUGCAACCGUGAGCAGUUUAUUCAGUGGAAGGACGAAAAGCAGAUGGAUGUCUUACACCAUACUAUUCUCAGCAAUAAUCCAGAAGUGGUGGAAUAUUUAUUGACGCAUGGGUAUUUUGUGAGACCUUUUGAACCGGAAGUGAGCCCUUAUAUCCAUUUGGCUGCAUACUUAGGCUUCAGAACAAUUAUAAAUAUCCUCCUCACCCAUCGACCAGGCGACAAUAGACCGUCAAAGAACCUGAAGUUCCCGGAUGAGAGUUCCUCAUCUAGACACGUUUCUGGGGUGACUCCACUGGACGUCGCUGCCUCCGCCGGUCACCUGGAAAGUAUUCACCUAAUUCUGAAUCAGUGUGUUAUCAAAGCAUACCCUGAGCACGCCAAGUGUGGAUAUCUGUCCCUAGCUACCCUAGCUGGUUCAUCAAAAGCCGUGAACUUCUUACUGUCACAAAAGUACGACAAAAAAGAUCUUCUUAGAGCUGUCGAAUUUUCUAUAAGCGGAGCAAGAUCAGAAAUUUUAGAUUCACUGCUUGGAACGGGUGUAAAUACCUGUGAGGUCAUGAGGGGCACGAAUUUGUACCAUGCUUUAUAUACUAACAGUGCUUUGAAAGGCUUUGGUCGUGAGGGAUACAAACGUUUACCGGAUGUGACUUCGGUUCUCAUCAAAUAUCACCAUGAUGUAAACACAAAAUCUCCAUGCAACACGUAUCCAUUAUAUUCGUUGCUACGCAAUUCCUUGUGUGCCCAUGACUACAUCAAUACACAGUAUUAUCUGGCAUGUCUCAAGCUUCUGCUGAAGGCAAACACCAACCCCAACUUCGAUGAGGUUCGGUAUGAAAAAGUCAUGCAAAAGAAGGGCAACAAGUCUAUCGUAGGAAGACCAGCAUUCUCGAGUGCUCUCCACUGUCUGUUGGAUACUGUAGAAAUAUACGCAUCCUAUUUGGACUCGAAGGCUUUGGCUGUGAAGUUCAUCACAGAAUGUUCUGACGUACUGUUCCGAUUUGAUGCUGAUGUUCACCAGGUUGGCCGCCUUGGUGACAAUAAAAGCACCUUGAGUGGAUCAGUUCUCCACCAAUAUGCAAAAUCCAGUGUCAAACUCGGAGUAGACGCUGCUGUGCUAAAGGUCUUUCUUCGACAAGGCGCGAAUCCUGAUAUUAAAGCCAAGGGUAAAUACUGCAUCAACGUCUUCACGGACAGCCUCUUUGUCAGCAUUUUGGCGGUACCAUCACAUAAGACACAACCUGAUAGGACGGCAGACAUUGACAGCAUGCUGGACCUAUGUCGGUACAUGUCCGCCAAGUCCAUUCAAGAAACUUUACAAGUGUUCAACCAUGAACAUGGUAGAAACAAUGCAUAUAGACUUAAGAGUCAAAUAGCCAGGAUCAAGUCGAAACUUGUAGAAUAUUCUAAAUCAGUCGCACCAUUACAACGGAUCUGUGCAAAUUAUAUAUGGCAACGAUGUGGGAGGAACGCAAACAACAUCCAUAGUCUUCCACUCAAAAUUAGAUACAAAACGGAGAUUUUACCAAUAGUUUAAUGUAUAGACUGUUAUGUGACAAACCGGAUGUCUUCUGAAUGAAUAUCAAAUAGUUACAUGUAAUUGUGAUAUGAUAUUAGGUAGACUGUUUUUGUGUGUCGACAGUUGGUUCGCCAAUACAAAUACCAAUCCAUUUAUAACUAAUGACACAACAAAUAUAAGGAAUACCUUGCAAGACAUUUCAUUACUAAUUCGAACUUCGUGGCAAAUACGAGGUGUUGUGUUAAUAUAAUAACUAAAAAAUACUAUUGUUUCCUAUAAUUGUGAUGUAAUUAUUAAUGUGCUACUUAUCAGUCUCAUAUUGACUGUACAUAUUGACUGACUUGUCAAUAACAUGACGAUUGAAUAAAGUUUAAAUAACUUCACUAACUGUAUGAACAAUAAUGACACACUUCGAUAGUGAUGCCUGUCAUCCGACUGUGACAUUAUAAAAUCACAGGUUUAGUCAUUUACAUAAUUUUGCAUACAAUAGAAAAGCGAAACAUGGGUAAAUGUUUUUCAUUAAUGACAUUAUGUAAUAUUUUAUUUAUCUUUCUAGUACAGUAACAAAAUGUGAUCCACAUUUUAAAAAUCUGAUUCGUUUCUUAAAGAUGUAAGCAUAACGGCAAGCCCUUUUUCAAAAUCAUAGAUUUAUUGAACAACAAUGAGCACUAACGGUUGUUUUCGAUGUAAACUAUAUCUCAACGUUGGGUAAUAAGUUGAUGUUUUGUGGAUAUAACGUUAACAUUAAAUCAUAUUCAAUC